CGGCCGGUGCGCCCGGGCCAGGCGGAGAUGGAGACCGCAGGGGCGCGCUCCGGGAGCCGCUGAGCCUGCUGCGGCCGCCAGGGUCCAGCUUAUACUUACUUUGACAAAGGCAAAUUAGGAAGUAACUACUUCAGCACAGUUUGUAUAGCAUCUGGACUAUCAACUCAGGCACCAUGAAGCACUUCCUGCGGGUUUCUUCAAGCAAGAAUUAACUUUCAUUAGUACAUGCAUUGAAACUGUUCAAAAUGAGCCACUUUUCUCUUACUGUUCCAAAAGAAGACAUCAAAGUAACAAAUUUAAGAUGAUGGAGUAGUGUUGCACCGCAGAGUUCUAUUGGAAGGCUGCUGUCUUUUGUUUUUCACAGAAUGUUGAUCCAGGUGUGCCUGUAUUUUUAUUGUAAAUUUUUGUGGCGCUGCCUGAAAUUUGUAAUGAGGAAGCUGACUGGAAGAUGUGAACUGCAGCGGAUCUGUUACAACACCAAGCCUGGAGCUUCCAGAACCAUGAAAAUUGAAACAUCACUGAGGGAUUCAAAAAGUAAGCUGUUGCAGACAUCAGUGAGUGUUCACCCUGAUGCUAUUGAAAAAACUAUAGAAGACAUCAUGGAACUGAAAAAAAUUAACCCUGACAUAAAUCCACAACUGGGAAUCUCGCUUCAGGCUUGCCUUCUGCAAAUCGUUGGGUACAGAAACCUCAUUGCAGAUGUGGAAAAACUGCGCAGAGAGCCCUAUGAUUCUGAUAAUCCCCAACAUGAAGAACUACUUUUGAAGUUAUGGAAAUUCUUGAAGCCCAAUACUCCAUUGGAAUCUCGGAUUUCUAAGCAGUGGUGUGAAAUUGGUUUCCAAGGUGAUGAUCCUAAAACCGAUUUUCGAGGAAUGGGACUUCUGGGCCUGUACAAUUUGCAGUAUUUUGCAGAACGGGAUGCAGCAGCAGCUCAGCAGGUCCUCUCUGACUCUCUCCAUCCAAAAUGCAGGGAUAUCACUAAGGAGGAAAUAAGCAAAUUCAGCAAAGCAGAAUGGGAGAAGAAAAGGAUGGAUAAAGCAAUUGGGUACUCAUUUGCAAUCGUGGGCAUCAAUAUAACAGACCUGGCGUACAAUCUGCUGAUCAGUGGAGCUCUGAAAACCCAUUUCUAUAACAUUGCCCCAGAGGCUCCAACAUUGUCUCACUUCCAACAAACAUUCUGCUAUUUGAUGCACGAGUUUCAUAAAUUUUGGAUUGAAGAGGACCCCAUGGACAUAAUGGAAUUCAAUCGUGUGCGGGAGAAAUUCCGCAAGAGGAUCAUAAAGCAGCUGCAAAACCCAGACAUGGCACUCUGCCCACACUUUGCUGCCUCGGAAGGUUUAAUCAACAUGUAGUCGCCCACGCUGGUUUGAAUGGAUUCCCUGGAACACUGCCUCAUUGUGUUAGGUCUCUGCCUAGGUCACAGCUCACACACUGAAUGCACACAGUGAUUAUAUGCAUGCCUUUUGGUACAGUAUUUUCAUCUCUUGGUCAUAAUUCCAAGAUCCCCAGAUACUGCUGUUUCUGGAGCAUCCACCCUCCAGUGACUGCUCAUAUUGUGGCAUUAUGCAGUGUUACAUCUUGCCUUGACACCCAGGUAUGGAGAGAGUUUUCUAUUUUUUUAGAUUGUUUUCCUCUCCCUCAUAAUUCAGCAUUACAGAAUUGUUAUUUCUCUAGCUGUAUUUUGUAUGUAAUUCGUUUAGCUGAAUCUUGUUCUGUGAAAGCCUUUUAAUUUAUUGAUAAUGUUUCAUGACUAUUGCUGCUAGCUUUUCAAGCCAGGUUCAUGCUUGGACCUCGUUCUGAUAAAAUAUAAGUCUUUAAAAUAAUACAGACAGAUACAUGAUAAACCAAACUGUUAAUGCAAACAGCCACGCUUCUCAAAAAUGUAAUGAGGCUUAGAAGAAGUAACUUUAGGUAGGAGCUGUUUUUGUUUGGAGUGACGCUGAAUUAUAUUGUAACUUACCCCCAGUUGCAAUUGUGUCAGUCAUCUAGAUAUCACAUUAUUUUAUUCCCAUAAUUUCAUGGGCGUGGGUGCCUGUAUAUGUUUAGGAUGCCUGGAGCCUCAGAUAGGAAGUCAGCAUAUAUCAAAAGUUGCAAAAGGUUUUUCACCACCUGCCUCUUGCUGAACUCUGAAUUACCCCUCUCAGCGCAGUUCAAAUCCAAGUUUUUUCCUUGGGAAACUGAGUGCUGACUGGCUUGUUUUCCAUGUGAAGGGGCAAUGUUAAGAACAAUCUGCAAGGAUAUGUGUCACAAGAGAGAAACCUAAGCUAUGUCACUCUAAUAUUUCUUGAGAAUAGCGAUCUUGUCUUGCAUCAGUGGAAGAAGUAAAUUGCUUGGAAGAAGAAAAGACAAAUCAUACUGACACUAUUAAAAAUCAUUUUAAAAGACCGUGAUUUAGUUUGGAAUUAUGAUUGUAGUCUGUUGAAUAGUAUUUACCAUGGCAUUUCAUACCCAUGGUAUUUUAUACUUUCUGACUAUCAAUUUUAGUAUAUAUUAGAUGUUUGUGGAAUCACUUGCUUACUGAAAUGAAUUUUGAGUACUGCCUGUCGGUUAUAUGAAUA